AUGGAGCAGGUGAAGAUCCUCGCCCUGUACGACAACCAAGACAUCGUGCUACUAAACGCCGAGAACGAACGAUGCGAAAACAAAUUCGAGGCCCCCGUGAAGGACACGGAGAAGAAGAUCUGCCAACUCAGAAAUGGUAGCUUCCUCCUGUUGAAUGUGAAUAAAAAAGUGGUGUCCAAAUAUGUGUGCACGAAAAGUGCCCCCAUUUCCACUAAGCACAUGCGCGUACAGUUGAAUGUGAUCAGGCUGACAAGCAAUGAAAAAAUAAUUAUCGGAGGAGACAAACUUGGCAACGUAUACGUAUGGUCCGCUCUGUCAGGAUUAUUAAUAAAUUCCUUUCAAGCGCAUUAUGGUAUAGUGAAGGAUAUAAUAAUUGACCAAAUAGCCAACGUGCUCUACACAUACAGUGAUGACAAUGUUGUGCAUGUGUACAAUUUACCUGACCUGUUCAGAAAAAAAAAAAUUACUCCAUUGCUACGAUAUCAACACAGCAUAAAUGCAACAAUAACUCAGAUUCUUUCGGUGACGCCAAAUGUGUACGGAUCGUACUACUCCUUGGUGACCCUUACAACAAAUGGGACGAUACAUGUGUGGGGAUUGAAGUCGAAGGAGCCAACUCACAUAUUGAAGACGCACUCGGAGAACUGCACAUACAUUUGCACGAAUGACCCGUUCAACACGCAUUUGUAUCUCUGCAGAGGGAAUAAAAUAUUUCGCAUCCCUUUCUCCCAGUUUGACCAGAGGGAGGCAAAUUCUUCUGCGCAAGUGAGUCAGCCAGUCCACCCUGAAGAGCAACGCGCGGAGGAAAAACUAUCCUUAUAUGGUGACUACGUUGAGGUGAAAAAUGCAACAACUGAUCACCUGCAGGGAAGCACUUCCCGAAAAGGCGAAUCGCAAGUGAACUUCAAAAACUGCACGACCUUCGUUGGACACAAAAGUCAAGUAAUAAAAUGCCACGUAAAUAACAAAAAAGAAAACAUGGUCUCCCUAGCGAGGGACGGAAUAAAAAUAUGGGAUCUUUUCAACUGCUACGCUGUGAAAACGCUAAAAUAUGGAGAAAACAUCAUUGACUUUUUUAUUCCAUUUGUUGGUAAGCAGUCCAUAAAUUCUUCCUCCUAUUUUUUGGAGUUUCCUAACCUCCUCCUCGAAUGUGAAAACGACGUCAAGGUGCACAACGUUGCUCCUCCUGAUGUUUGUGAGGGUAACAGUUACAGUGGCGCGCUCGCAGAUCGGGAUGAAAAUUUGUUACUUCAAAUGGGAACCAUGUUCUCCGGGCUGGAAGAUUGA